AUGCCACACGCCGACUCUUCAAAUUUCAAUGCAGGGCAGUCCAAGGCCGAGGUCUAUUCGCAGCUGCUGGAACAAGCAGAGGGUCUGCUGACAGGGCAAAGAAACUGGCCUGCCCAACCAUUCCGCCAACUUUCGCAACCCCUACUGACCCUCUCCAGCAAUCUCUCCAACGUCGCCUCGCUCCUCUGGCACGCCUACGCCUCCCUUCCUGCCCCCUCAUCCGCCGUCAAUUGGGCCGGAUUCUACAUCCGCGAUGACAAAUUCCCGGCCCUGGCCUUGCCUGUCUCAUCUCCCCCGCUCCCGGACACACCAGGCGCCGGCGGCGUGACUAUCUCGACGACGUACUCGUCGCCCGAGGACCAGGUGCUCCUGCUGGGCCCGUUCCAGGGCAAGCCGGCCUGCCAACAGAUCAGGUUUGGGAAGGGUGUAUGCGGCACUGCCGCGGCGAACCAGGAGACGGCCGUGGUGCCGGAUGUACAUGCUUUCCCGGGUCACAUUGCGUGUGAUGCGGAUAGCCGGAGUGAGAUUGUGGUUCCGAUCCUGGUCAAGGGAGAGACUGUUGCGAUUAUCGAUAUCGAUUGCACCGAGGCUGCGGGAUUCGAUGACGAAGACAAAAAGUAUCUGGAACAACUUGCGGUGCUUUUAGCAGAAAGUUGCGACUGGUGA